AUGGAUAGGGCCGACAAGAAUUUCUGAGAAAAAUAUAACCAGAAAUUUAAUAAGCUCUCUGAACCAUUUAGAGGAAAUAAAGAAUACGAAGAGGUUUAUGAGAAAUUAGCCAGAAUCCGAAAUCAAUUGACGGUGUGCAGCAGCAACUGGGAAGCAGUGUGCCAAGAAAAAACAAAUCGACUAAAUGAAAUUUUAAAUGAUAGAGAUCCUAAGAAACUUGAAGAAAAUUGCCAUAGAAGAUGCAGGGAAUAUUUUAGUAAUCCCUCAAUGCAUGAUUAUACUAAAUGCAUAAUGGAAUCAAAACUGUUUUACCUAUCUGAAUUGCUUGGAGAGAUGGCAAAACAGUCUAAAUUUUUAGAAGCAAUGGGCAAUACAAGUAUAUAG